AUGGUUCAGUCCCCCAUGCUCUCCUGCCCGUUGAAGCAGACCAACGAGAUCGAUUGGAUCCAAUCCCUCAAGGAUUACAUCCGCCAGACCUAUGGCGAGGACCCCGAGCGCUACAGCCAAGAAUGUGCCACACUCAACCGCCUCCGACAGGAUAUGAGAGGCGCCGGCAAGGAUAGCGCUACCGGUCGUGACUUGCUAUAUCGAUACUACGGCCAGCUGGAGCUAUUGGACCUCCGCUUCCCCGUCGAUGAGAACCACAUCAAGAUCUCCUUUACAUGGUACGAUGCAUUCACUCACAAACCGACCUCCCAAUACUCCUUAGCCUACGAGAAAGCUUCCGUCAUCUUCAAUAUCUCUGCCGUCCUAUCCUGCCAUGCCGCAAACCAGAAUCGAGCGGAGGAUCUUGGUGUCAAGACGGCGUAUCACUCCUUCCAGGCAUCUGCGGGGAUGUUCACCUACAUCAACGAGAAUUUCUUGCAUGCCCCCUCGACCGAUUUGAACCGAGACACCGUCAAGACCUUGAUUCAUAUUACUCUCGCCCAAGCUCAGGAGGUGUUUUUAGAGAAGCAAAUACAGGAUAACAAGAAGCCUGGGUUCCUCGCGAAACUAGCGGGCCAGGCUGCCUAUCUCUAUUCUCAAGCCGCCGAGACAAUGCAAGACGUCGUGACUAAGAGUGUGUUCGACAAAGUAUGGUCGAUCAUGGUACAGGCCAAGACCGCACAUAUGGGAUCCACCGCAUCCUACUUUCAGGCGAUUGCGGAUAGCGAAGGUAAUUCGCAUGGUGUAGCGGUUGCUCGUCUGCAGAUGGCCGAGAAGCAGGCUAGUACUGCACUCACCUGGGCCAAGUCCUUCCCCUCUUCCGCCUCCACAACUUCGAAUCUGCCCGUAGAGGCUGGAGCCAACUUGGUGGAGCUUGUGAAGCACAACCUGGCAAAUGUGCAAGCCAUGCUGGCUACGGUUACCAAGGACAACGACUUCAUUUACCACCAACCUGUCCCUAAUGAGGCUGGUUUGUCUGCGGUUCCCAAGCUGACCGCAGCCAAAGCUAUCCCAGUUAGCGAGCUUUAUCAGGGACAAGAUAUCCAACGAAUCAUCGGACCAGACAUUUUCCAGAAACUCGUUCCUAUUUCUGUCACGGAGACCGCCAGUCUUUAUGACGAGGAGAAAGCCAAGUUAAUUCGCGCCGAGACUGAGAAAGUUGACACGGCCGAUGGCGAGAUGGCUGCUAGUCUGGAUUAUCUGAAGCUUCCAGGCAGUCUCAACAUCCUGAAGGGUGGAAUGGAUCAAGAAAUGACUGUGGACGAAGAGUUCCGCCGGUGGUGCUCAGAACUUGCAGGCCAUAAGCCGUUCCAUAAGGCUCUCGAUGAACUCCAGGACCGGAAGGCAGAUGUACAGGCCCAACUGGAUCACUGCUCUAAACAAUUAGAUUUGGAGGAGAGCGUGUGCGAGAAAAUGCGCUCUAAGUAUGGCGCGGACUGGAGCCAGCAGCCUAGCAGCCGCUUGAACACGACGCUCCGUGGAGAUGUUCGCACAUACCGAGAUACCAUCAGUGAAGCUAGUGCUAGCGAUACUCAAUUGUCCGCCACAUUCCGACAAUACGAGGGAGACUUUGAUCAGAUGCGGUCGGCUGGAGAAACGGAUGAGGCCGAUGUGCUCUACCAGAAAGCGAUGAUCAAGGCUGGAUCUAAACAUACCAAGGGCAAGAACGGUGUGAAUAGCCCUGCCGAAGGAAGUCUUUUGGAUGAUGUAUACGAUGAGGGCAGUGCAUCUGUCUCGGAACAGAUUGCAAAGGUCGAAGGGAUAUUGAACAAGCUGAAUCUCGUUAAGCAAGAUCGGGCCACAACUUUGAAAGACUUGAAGGAGAAGGUUCGUAAUGACGACAUAUCGAAUGUUCUGAUCUUGAAUAAGAAGUCUAUCGCCGGCCAAGAGAGCCAACUCUUCGAGACCGAACUCGAAAAGUUCCGCCCACACCAAACCCGCAUCUUGCAGGCGAAUCACAGACAGUCUUCCUUGAUGAAGGAGCUCACAAAAACAUACGCAGCCUUGCUUCAAGACAAGCGUGUUCAGUCUGAACAGUCCAAAUAUGAAUCUAUCUCGAAACAGAGAAACUCUGUUAUGGCUCGAUAUAAGAAGGUGUAUGAGGCUUUCAAUGGUCUCUCAUCUGGCAUUAUGCAAGCUCGCACAUUCUACAAGGAUAUGGCCGAGAACGUGGAAAGUCUGCGGAAGAAUGUGGAGACUUUUAUCAGCAAUCGCCGGUCCGAGGGUGCACAGCUUUUGAGCCAAAUCGAACGCGACAAGGCUAGCGGCGUAUCUGAGCAGGAGGAUCGCGAGCGGGAAAAGCUUCGCCUGUUGAUGGAGCGUCUUUCCACAGAACCUAAAGCAGCAUCAACCUCACCAUCUACCGCUUCUGCUGUGGCUCCUCCCUCCAAGAUCAAAUCACCGCCACCUCCUGUCCAAACCCCAUCUUACUCGAUGACGGGGCCAUCGCCGCAGAUGUCACCCCGUUACCCGCCAAGCAUGCCAGGCGCACCGCAACAGGGUGUCCCUCUCUCUCACUCCCCAGCUCCCUACGGACAAUACAUUGGUGGUAACCCGGGAUAUGCCCCCGGUCAGCAUUUCCAACAGGGCGCUGCUGCUCCGCUUUCCGAGGGGUACAACCCCAUGGCGUACCCCUACCAGACUCCUGUUUCCCCACCCCCGAACCAGCAGUUCUUCUCUCAAACACCUACCCCGUACGCUGGCUACUCAAGUGCUAGUCCGGCACCCACUGCUGCUGCCGUGGCCCCGAACUAUAUGACUCCUCAGGGAUACAUCCCUCCUCCACCUCCUCCGCGCCCACAACAAACCAACUACCCACCCUCGGCUGGUGUAGUGUACCCUGCCGGGCCUGGUGGAUAUGCGCAGAGCAGGCCUUACGCACAGCACAAGGCUCCUUCUCAGUCUCAGCCACAACAGCAACCUGGCGCCAGUGACCCCUGGGCAGGUCUGAAUGCAUGGAAAUGA